GACUCUGCUCUUAGAUGAUCCAAUGAUCAAAGAGCUUCUUCGGAUCGGGUCCCAAUUUGUUGGGUACCGUGAAUAUGCCGCCAGAGCCGAAGAAAAACUUUCAGAGGCCAACGAACGUGUCGACGCACUUGCUCAAAAACUCGAGCAAAGUGAGGCGGCUCGCAAGAAAGCUGAACUUGCUGUUAGCAAAGCCAAGGCCGAGGUUGAUGAAGCCAAGGUGAAAGCUGCUAGUGUCGAGGAGCUGCAGAGAAGGCUCAAAGAUGCCGAAUCUGCCUUAGAUGAGCAGAAAACUGCACAAACUGUGCGUGAACAAGAGAUCAUCAAGCGUCUGAAAUCGCAAAGUCGACGUACGCUGACCCAAACAAACCAAGAUUUUGAUCUGGAGAAUCCCGUCAAUGACCCUCUCCUUGAUGCACUUUCUCUUCUGGAGUUCCAUGGGCGCGAAAUUCGUGAAGGCGUGGCCAAUGCCAGUGCAAGUUUGUCGGCGUUGUUCCCCUACUUCUUCCCGAAAAAAGAGGAACCUUCGACUUUCCUUGCCCUUGCCAAGCUUUUCAAUUCGUCGGAAGACCUGGGAUUGAAGAUGCGUCGGGAGAAUAUGAAGGUUGCUCGUCGAGAAUCUUGUUGCCCUGGUUGCUGA